GUUUAUGUGUAUAAAUACUCGGGAAGGAAUAGCCUGAGUACUAGAGUUAAAAUAAUAACCGCCUAUUUGUAAAGUGCAUAGGAGUUUCGGUAUGAAGUUAUUUAUAUUCUGUAUCAGCUUAAUUGGCAUUGCCGCUAUUGAGGCAAAGCCAGUUAAACAGUCAAUAUGGUUGACAUCAAUAAUAGAUGUCGAUGAUCAAAAUGAAAUUACUCAAGUUAAACCAGGCCCAGUUCAUCCACCAGCUGUACCACCAAUCCACCAUCCAUCUCAUCCAGUUCAUCCACCACCUGUACCACCAGUCCAUCAUCCAUCUCAUCCAGUUCAUCCACCACCUGUACCACCAAUCCAUCAUCCAUCUCAUCCAGUUCAUCCACCAGUAAUACAUCCCCAUCCUAACCAUCCAUCUCAUCCAAUUCAUCCAAAACCAGAUGAUGAAUCUUCGGAAUUUGAUGAUUUAAAACCAACUUCUACAUCUAAACCACAUCCACAUCCACCAAAACCAACUACUACUUCUAAACCACAUCCACAUCCACCAAAACCAACUACUACUUCUAAACCACAUCCACAUCCACCAAAACCAACUACUACUUCUAAACCACAUCCACAUCCACCAAAACCAACUACUACUUCUAAACCACAUCCACAUCCACCAAAACCAACUACUACUUCUAAACCACAUCCACAUCCACCAAAACCAACUACAUCUAGACCUCAUCCACAAGAACCAUCUUCUACUCAACCUUCCAGUUCACGUCCACCAAAACCAACAACUCCUCAACCUCCUAGUUCACGUCCACCAAAACCAAGCACCUCUUCCGAACAUCCAAGUCUACCUUCUACUACAAAUCGGUCAACAACUCCAGUGAUUGUUGAAACUUCUACCGUACCUUCUACUACAAGUCGUUGGUCAACAACUACAGCAGUUACUCCAACUUUUCCAUCAACAACUACCCCCUGAACUUCAACUGAGGCCGAUACUCAACCAUCAGCAGCAUCAUAAACUUCAUUAGAUUCUGAUAUAACCGAUGACAUCUUCAACUAAAUGAAGCUGUCAUACUACCAGGCGACUAAAAAAAGUCAUGUGUGGUUACUUCCAUACAAAUCUACUCUUAAAGUUUUAUAAUCUAGAAAUUUGUGAUUAGCUGCUUUGAUAAACUAACGUUGAAUAAAAUUAUUGGUUCAUUUCUUCUCCAUUUAAAA